UCUUCCUGAUAGUUUGGUUCUUAUUCCUCCUGUUGUGGUCCAUGCCACUGCUACUGAUCGAAUACGGAACCGGACGAUUCACACAGAAAGCCGUUGUCGGUUCUUUCCGCUGGUUUCUAGGCAACAAGUUUGCGUGGUGUGGCGCUUGGGUCACAUUUGUCACCUUCAUGAUUUCGUCUUACUAUUCCGUUGUCCUCGGCUGGUGUUUUUACUACGUCGUACACUGCAGUGUCUACGAUCUGCCCGCAGACAAAGACGAGAGUUCGAAAAUAUUCAACGACUUCGCGAAGGACAGUUGGUGGCCCAUACUAACACACUUCAUCGCCGUUGCUGUCGCUGGUCUGUCGGUCUUCAAGGGCGUGAAGACGAUCGAGAAGGUCAACCUGUUCCUCGUGCCGCUACUUCUGCUCAUUAUCCUCUUCACGUUCUCGUGGUCUCUCACGAGAUCUUACGCAGACUACGGAAUCAAGUACCUUUUCACGCCCAACUGGACGUCAUUCGGUGACCCGCGAGUGUGGGUGGAUGCCCUAAGUCAGAACGCGUUCGACACGGGGGCCGGGGCCGGCCUCAUGGUCCCAUAUUCCUCUUUCAUGACUCGGGACAACGGCAUCGUGCGCUACGCCACCAUGAUUCCUGCCACUAACAACCUGAUCAGUUUAAUAUCAGGAAUCAUGAUAUUUUCGACCGUCUUUUCAACUCUGAUUACGUCAGACAAGCCCACAAGCCGCGCCCAAAUCGUCGCCACUCUCAAGGACAGCGGUCCAGGCAGUACGGGCCUCACCUUCAUCUGGAUUCCUGUGCUGUUUUCUACGAUUGGAACAUUGGGUCGAGUUUUGAGCAUUCUGUUCUUCUUGUGUCUGUCAAUGGCUGGGAUUACCUCCCUUAUUUCCAACAUGGAACUCGUGUCUCAUACACUUUAUGACUUUGGUUUAUCCAGAAAAUAUAGCACUCCUUUGACGGUUCUGAUGAUGUUUCUGAUUGGUUUAAUGUCUGCUAUCAACCUGGACAUUUUGACGAAUCAGGAUUUCGUGUGGGGUUUCGCCCUCGUUAUAAAUGGCAUGAUGUUUUUGUGUAUGGUUAUCGUCUUCGGCGCAGAGAAAUUUCGACGUGACGUCAUCAACAGCUACAGCGUAGACGAUUGGACGCUCCCUCCUGUUUGGAAAUGGAUUGUCAAAUUCCUUGCGCCAAUUGAAGCCGUAGCUCUGAUUGUAUGGUGGGCUAUUGACGUCAUUUCGAGCGAGAAAAGCACGGGAGAGAUGUGGUAUGAUUUCGGGAAGGAAACAUUUUUGAUAACCAUAACACAGUGGUUUGGUGCCAUGAUCAUCCUGAUUUUAAUCAACGUGGUUGUUGUACGUGUGUGGUUCAAACAGAAGUAUUCGUUUGAACAUUCGGAUCGACAUCAGUUGCUCAAAUAAGUGAUAUUUUGUUCCCAUAAACACUGUCAUCGUUCUGCGGCUAUCUUCGAUUUGUCACAGAUUUUAUAGGAACCAGUGUUCAGACGAAGUUAGAGCUGUUUUUAUCCUUAAAGGUAGACUAAACUCCAACAAGAGCCGUAUGUGUUGGAAAGAUAUAUACCCUGACCACCAACAUAUACUGACACUUUAACAAAUGAAAAACGCUCUGAUUUUAGAGUUAAUAAAAAACCCAUGAUUAUUCCUGCUAACUCGGGGCAGCCAUUUUGUUUCGUUUUUGUGACGUCCGGUGG